CGCCUGCCAUUCAGUGAUUGACUGUUUACAAAUAUUUUCUAUACGGGUUGGAUGGAAAAAUUUCGCAAAAUAUGGGGAUUUUGAAAUAUUUUUAGUAUUUAGUAUAUUAUUUCUGAUAAACUGUGAUAAGGGGAGUGAUUACAAGCGUUUUGCGGUGAAUCUUGUCGAUAAGUUCGGAUAUUUUCGCGAGUGUCGUGACUGUUUGCAAUUUUGUGUAGAAGAUGAAGCUCGUAACGGACGCGAGCUGUGAGGCAUUAGAACCGGUUCGGAUCGCUAUCCGUGAACGUCCCAUGAACGAUGGGUCGGAAAGCGACGUGGAGAGCAUUAUUCAGCAUCACGGGGCCAACGAUCAGAUUUUGAUUGUGGAUGAGCGGCCGUUUGCGUUCGAUUAUGUGUUCCGCCCGGAGUCGUCCCAAGCGCUGGUCUAUGACGCGUUGGUUCGCCCGCUGGUGGUCAAAAUGAUCAACGGGUUCUACUGUACGGCGCUGGCCUAUGGGCAGACGGGAACCGGGAAGACCUUCACGAUGGGUUUGCAGUGGGAUCACAGCGGACCGCACGAUAUAAACCGGGGAAUGAUUACGAGGGCGUUGGAUCAGACUUUUGAGCUGCUGAAGGAAUCGCGUGAUCAGGAGGAGUACGAAAUCCAGGUGUCGUUCAUUGAGAUUUACAACGAAAAGAUUUAUGAUUUGCUGUCGGACAACUCGGCUGAGCCGGUCAAUACAAGGGGCUUGAAGUUCAACGGCGGAACGAAGAAACUUGUGACCCGGGCGAACCAGGCGCAGGAUAUUCUGUUGGAGGGGAACAAAAAUCGGCACGUCCGGCCGACCAAAAUGAAUACGCUGAGUUCGCGUUCGCAUGCAAUUUUUAGCAUUCACGCUUCGGUGGUGCACGACGAUACGAGAAUUGUGUCGGCAUUGCACUUGGUGGAUUUGGCCGGUUCGGAGGGGGUGCGCCGCACCGGGCAUCAGGGGGUGGCACUGGCUGAGGGUGUUCACAUCAACCAGGGUCUGCUGAGCAUUGGGAAGGUGCUGCAGGCACUUUCCAUCGGAAGCAAAGUGAUUCCCUACCGGGACAGUAUUCUCAGUUCGGUGCUGCAGGAUUCGUUGAAUUCGAAUUCCUAUCUGACGCUGCUGGCCUGCGUCAGUCCCAUGCCGGAGGAUUUGAGUGAAACGCUGUCGACGAUUCGGUUCGCGCAGGGUGCGAAAACGCUGAAGAACAAUCCGCAGAUUAAUGCCAUUGCGGCGGAACUAAAGGCGAAGGAACGAGUUCGCACACCGGCCAAAAACUAUGUCCCCGGAUCCGGAGCCCUCAAAGCCAGAAAUCUCAACCCUAAGACGCCCAAAUCGGCAGCCAAGCGUCCUAACGGUGCCGCUGGUUCGUCGGUCAAGAAAGUACACAGCAACACGUUCUGUACGCCGAGCAAAAUCCGCAAACUGGACUAUGGCAAACUAAACUCGACCAUCGCACCAGGUGCGUUUAACAAGCCAGCCCCACCACCACCGCUCCAAGCAACUGCACCGCAGCCCGCUCCAGUGAUUGUUGCCCCACCGACUAAGGCAGCUCUGCAGAAGGUUCAAGCAAUGCUGCCACCCCCGUUGCCGGCCGUGCCUCGUUUUAGUGACUUGCUGGAGAAGGAUUUCGACGCACUGCCUGCCGACUCCCGAUCGUCAAUGUUCAGCUUGAAUCUGUCCAGCUCGACCUCGGUGGAUCAGCCGAUUUCGAGCUGCUCCAGUGUGAUUACGCAGAGUACAAAUUCCAGUUACAGCCCCAUCGUGAAAAAGUGUAUGGAGACAUUCGAAGCCACCAUCGAGCAAAAACUUGCUAAAAUGUUCGAAAAGAUUCAGCAAAUUCAACCAGCAGUCCCAGCGGUCGUACCCCCAACAAGUGCUACACCAGCUACUGCCGUUUCUACCAAUGAACCGAUACUGAUCGAUUGUGGUACCGCCCAGAAUAUAGACAGUAGUAAAACCGUCGCAACGCCAGCACAUACGUCUGGACCUGCCAAUACUGGCGCCAUUCCGUGGGAUAUGAUUCGUCGAGAAAUCCAGGAUGCAAUCCGUUCGGAAAUGAGCACCAUCAACGAAUCUUCCCACCUACCGAAGUACGAAAGUACUCCCUGCCACGGACAGAGUGAACCUCGUGUGGUCGGUUCCAAGAGCGUCAAGCAGCGGCCCAAUCCAGCGCUUCAGCGUUUGAAGGAUCAGGCUAAAAUGGGGGCAGAUGAUUCCGCUGGAGAAGCCGGUCUCAAUAGUACCAUCGUGGCUAACACUAAGACCCCUCGUCGAUUCGAAGUCAUCAGUGUGGACAGCGAUGAGGAGGAUGUAGCUAACCUCGAUGAAGAAGGGGUAGUCGUUAGACGACGACGUUCCAAUAGACUUUCCGGCCAUCGCCAGCCGUUCGGAGAAGUUGACGCCAAUGUAAGCUACAAACAAAACGCUACCGCUACUUCGAAAACCGUACAAAUUGUAAGCGAAGAUACCCACCUGUGGCAGAUUGAAAAUGGUCAGAUUCGUCGUCGAAGCACACGUAUCUCAAUGCGGCGGACCAUGCUUCACCAGCACAAGAAAGGAUGCUGCCAGUCGGCCAAAAAGAAGAAACUGCGUAUGGAAACGCUGCUCGAAGAUGAAAAGGAGAACUCAGAGCAUGAAAAUGUGACGUUCCGCAGGAAAGCCGCAGCCGUGACGAUUAGCAAUAAAGUGAUCGCUGGUUAUUUCCAAACUCCGGGCGGUGGCAAGAAGGGACCGAAAAUGACCGCCUCGAAGCAUGGCAAAGCCGUACUGGAUUUGGUCAAUCGGGGCAGUAUCAAGGAGGUGCAAAUUCUUCCGACUGUUGGACUGAAGAUGGCCUACCAGAUUGUCACUCAUCGCACCAUAAACGGAAAGUUCAAGAAAAUUGAUGAUCUAGCGAAGCUUUUUGUUGGAGGCAAGAAAUGGAACAAGUUCUGUGAGGCAAACUACCUUUCCUAGAAUUAACUGGACUGUAAGUGAAUAAGUGAGCAUAAGUAAGUGAGUCCAGUGAGUCCAGCAAUCUAUUAUUAUUUUAUAAAUUCUGACUUUCUCUGUUUCUAAUUGGUAAGUUCAUUCCGCUUCCAUUUGCAAUUCACCUGUCGACUGUCUUUCAAUAAUUUCAAACCAUAAAAAGCAAAACAACAUGAGAACCUAAAACGUAUUUUCCCAGUAAUAAAUUUAUUUCAGAUUAUUUUUCCUUCAUAUUCAAAUAAUUAUAAGUUAUGUAGAUAAAUCGAACAUUGCGAUCAUCGAAUCGGUGAGGUUUAUUUGAACUAUUUUUACAAGAAACUUACCUAUCUAAUAUUUGGAUCAUGAGAAUAGCCUCUGAGCUGAAGUACGCGUGCAGAUUUUAUAAAAUUGAAUAUAAGUUCCUUCAUUCUUAAAUAGAAGUUUAACUAAGUGUAA